AUGGCUCGUUUCUUCGCUGCUCUGCUGGCUGCCGCCGCCAUGCUCCAGGUCGGCUCUGCUGCCCCUUUCCCGUUCACCAACGGGACUUCCCCUGCUGCUCCCGCCCCGCCUGCAUCAGGCAUUAACACCACGGUCUCACAUGAGCACCGUCCCGACCGCAAACCGACGGCGCGCUACAUUGGGGAGCUCGGCGGGCGACUUCAAGCCACCGGCCCAUUCACUAAACCGGAUCCACCACCACACUGGUGGAAAAUGGCGUUCGCUGUCUUCCAAUACGAUUUCGGUUCUCCCCGUUCCGAAAACUCUUAUAAAACCGAAAACGACUAG